AUGUUCACUUCCCGCUUCACCAUUCUUGCCCUGCUCACCCUCCUUGCUGGUGCCAACGUGGGAUGCGCAACGUGCCAAGAAACGUUGAAAGUCGGUUCAUCGACCUACGAGCUAGUCAGCAGCUAUGUGGAGUCUGAAAACGGGUACAUGGAGUGCAGCUACGUGGAUAAGAAGGGUGACGAGGUGGCUAUAUAG